AUGUCCAUCCACGCGACCAACACUCCGGCUGUUGCUAUGGAGGCCGCGUAUACAAUGGCGGGGUCGGGCGUCGUUCCGCAUCUGGACCACAGUCGUGGUCCAGCCUACUAUCCAUUGGACAAGUGUCCGCGCGCGGUCCUCGAGUUCGACAUGAUCGGGUGCUGCUGCAAUACUGCCCAGCCAAUUGACUACCGCCUGAGGACACGUGAAGUGACCGUCGACAUUGCGUGGAGAGGCGACCCUGUAGCUAACUCCUGGCUGUACGAGCCCAGUGCCAGUGAUGAUGACGACUACCACUACCGAAGGAGGGCAUACUACGACACGCCUCUUACCGAUUGCAACCUUCUGAAGCAGGUACUUCAUGUCGAGCUCGAAACAUUGAGACUGGUCUUCCCGUUCUCUCUGCUGCAAGUCAAGGCUCCCGCCCUCAUCUUGCCGAAGCUUCCGGAAGACUUCAUACUGCCCCAGAGCUUUAGGAUGACAUUAGAGAUCCACCGUGUAAAGGAGCCGUCGGGCGCCAAGUUGGGAGAGAUCCGGAGGGAAUUCGCUGAACAUUUUGGGGUGAAUGAAACUCAGGUCACCAUUGAGUUGCAGCACCUCCGCUUGUACAAUCCUUCCUGGUGGUCUAGCGAGUUAUCAGAUGCACUUCUCACCACAGAGCUUCCUCAUUUGUUUCAAUCUCGAACUGCUCCCGACCAACAGAACAACGGUACGCCUCAAUGGAGCAAAAGUCGACAGGACAAUGACGCUUGUAGCCGAUAUACCGAUGAAUGGCGAACUGGUCCUCACACGGCUGGGACGAGGAUCCCGGAGGGAUAUGCUGGUAUGGCGCGGUGGCAGACUUUAACAUCUGCUCCAAAGCUCCCACCACUGUGUCCUCGAGGUCUUCGUCGAACUCCUCCAGACCCAGGGACGCGAGCUCAGGUCGUUUUCGACAUGAACAUAAUGCCGCCGGUUGAUGCUUAG